GUGGUGUGAUCACAGCAGCACUAAAAAUACCCAGAGGUCUAUAUCGAGUUGCAGCUGAGCCAGCGAGCACCGCUUCACAUGAGCAAAAAAAGACUUGCUUUUCCCUUGCAGUUUUCUUCAGCAGCGUUCGUCUAGAAAGCUGCGGGAAUGGCAGAAACUAAGGCGGACGGAGCAAACAUGGCAAACGUAACAGAGCCCCAGGCCGUACCUGCUGUCAGUAAAAGCCCCAAGAAGUCUGAGGGACAUUCUAUCUUCAGCUGGCUGAUCGUGCUGGCUCUGCUGGGUGCCUGGAUGUCAGUGGGUGUUGUGUGGUUUGACCUGGUUGACUACAGCAACAUCGUAGGUACACUGGGAGGAAUUUAUGAUGCAGAUGGUGACGGGGACUUUGAUGUGGACGAUGCCAAAGUUCUGAUGGGUUUGCCUGGCUGUUGCAAAGGCGAUGUCUCUGUGCAGAAUGUGAGCGCUGAUGCUUUAGCAGAUGAAGGCUCUGAUUGGUUGAAAAUCUCCCUGGCUCUCCUCUGUGAUGCACUGGUUCAGUGUGAGGGAGGAGACGAUGGAGAGGGUGUUGUGUUGGAGGAGAGGGGCGCUGAGUUUUCUCCGUUCGAAUCUGAAGACUCUGUGGAUAUGCCAAGAAAUAAAAGCCCUGUUCAAGAGAAAGCUCCAGUGACCACUAAGAAAAAAAAUGCAAGCAAAGCUGAAAAGCAUAAAGAAGUGGAAAAACAAAAGGAAGAUGAGAGAAGUAAAGAACCCUCUACCAGAGAAAUUGGGCAAAAGCUGAAGUCCGCUCUGAAGGAGCAGCUUCGGAUGAUCCAUGAGAAGAUUGAGGCUAAAAAGAUUGCUAAGCUAGCACUGGCUGAGGUCCGCACCAUUCUGGCUCGAGAGGAAGAGGAGAAGCAACUCAUCCUCGCUGCUAAGAAAGCCAAAGAGGAGCUUGAGGCACAAGAGCUCAAAGAAAGAUUAGCCAAGGAAAAGGCGGCAAGAGAGAAAGCAGAGCUAGAACGACUAGCCAAGGAAAAGGCAGAAAAAGAAAAGGCUGAAAAGGAAAGGAUAGCAAAAGAAAAGGCAGAGAAAGAGAGAGAAGAAAAAGAAAGGCUAGCUAAAGAACAAGCAGAAAAAGAGAGACUAGCUAAAGAAAAGGCAGAGAAAGAAAGGCUAGCUAAAGAACAAGCAGAAAAAGAAAGGCUAGCUAAGGAAAAGGCAGAAAAAGAGAGAGCAGAGAAAGAGAGGCUAGCUAAAGAGAAAGCAGAAAAAGAAAAGUUAGCUAAAGAACAAGCAGAAAAAGAAAGGCUAGCUAAGGAAAAGGCAGAAAAGGAAAGGCUAGCUAAAGAACAAGCAGAAAAAGAGAGACUAGCUAAGGAAAAGGCAGAAAAGGAGAGGCUAGCUAAAGAACAAGCUGAAAAGGAGAGGCUAGCUAAGGAAAAGGCAGAAAAGGAGAGAGCAGAAAAAGAACGGCUGGCAAAAGAAAAGGCAGAGAAAGAAAGACUAGCCAAAGAACAAGCAGAAAAAGAGAGACUAGCUAAGGAAAAAGCAGAAAAAGAAAGGCUAGCCAAAGAACAAGCAGAAAAAGAGAGGCUAGCUAAAGAAAAGGCAGAAAAAGAGAGGGCAGAGAAAGAAAGGCUGGCAAAAGAAAAGGCAGAGAAAGAGAGGCUUGCCAAAGAGCAAGCAGAAAAAGAGAGGCUAGCUAAAGAAAAGGCAGUAAAAGAGAGAGCUGAGAAAGAAAGGCUAGCUAAAGAACAAGCUGAAAAAGAGAGACUAGCUAAGGAAAAGGCUGAAAAAGAAAGGCUAGCUAAGGAACAAGCAGAAAAGGAGAGGUUAGCUAAAGAAAAGGCAGAGAAAGAAAGACUAGCUAAAGAAAAGGCAGAGAAAGAAAGACUAGCUAAAGAAAAGGCAGAAAAGGAGAGGCUAGCUAAAGAAAAGGCAGAAAAAGAGAGAGCAGAGAAAGAAAGGUUAGCUAAAGAACAAGCAGAAAAAGAGAGACUAGCUAAAGAAAAAGCUGAAAAAGAAAGGCUAGCUAAAGAAAAGGCUGAAAAAGAAAGGCUAGCUAAAGAAAAGGCAGAAAAAGAAAGGCUAGCUAAAGAAAAGGCAGAAAAAGAAAGGCUAGCUAAAGAACAAGCAGAGAGGGAAAGACUAGCCAAAGAAAAGGCUGAAAAAGAGAGAGCAGAAAAGGAAAGGCUAGCCAAAGAAAAAGCUGAGAAAGAAAAGGCUGAAAAAGAAAGACUUGAGAAGGAGAGACUGGCUAAAGAAAAGGCUGAAAAGGAGAAGGCAGAAAAAGAAAAACUUGAAAAGGAAAGAAAGGAAAAGGAGAAAGCAGAAAAAGAAAAGCUCAUCAAAGAAAAAGAAGAGAAGGAGAAGGCUGAACGAUUGAAGGAGAAGAAAGAUGAAAGGAAUGGCAAAGAGGAGAAAGUGUCUACAAGAGGUCUGCUGAAAUCUUCAAUCAGGAAGAACAAAGAAUGAUGAGACAUGGGAAGAUAAACCCGGCAUAAAAUAAAGCUUGUCAGGAUUGGAAGAAUCUGUGGAAAUAAAUCAAGUUGGUUUUAAACAGGGUUGGAUUUAACCUACUCGGACAUGGGAAAUGUAAGAUUUAGUAAAUUCUCUCACAUGAAUCUAAAGAUAUAACUAAAUCUUAAGUAAAUGUUAGACUGAACAUACUGUACACGCAGACGUAAUGCAGUAAAGUACAGUGUAGAUCACGUGUGUGUUCAGGUUCUUUGGUGUAGGCUUGAGCUGGUGUCAGCGUUCUCAUAGCCUAUAAUGGUUGGAGUACAGUAAUAAAAGGGAGUGGUGCUUUUGAGGUGGUGAACUUUUGAUAAUAUUAUGAACAUCUAAAAAUUUAUAUAAGAAACAUUUGACAUUCUUGAUUACUGUUGUUUGUUGUUAUUAUUAGCCUUUGUGAAAUUGUCAGCAUGUCAAGCAGCAAUGAUUUCUUUUUUAUGGGAUGUUAGAAUCUCCCUUUUCUCCUUUUGUUAUAUUACAGACUGUAAGACAUAGUAAGCCUAAACUUAAAUAUGUUUUAUAAACUUAUAUACACUGAAUCAAGUAUUCAGCCUUUUUGCUCAGAAUUAAAAGACUAAUCAUGGUGGUUAGUUAUAAGCAUGAUUUGGCAAACUUGGAUUUGGGAAUUUUUAUCCCUUUUCCCUUUGGAACGAACUUGUGGUUGUAGGGUCAUUUCCAGAUUCCAGUCAGUCAAGUUUAUCUACUCAAUGUGGCUGUUUGCUAAAAUGCUUGGGUAGAUUUGAUGAUAGAAGUUAUAUUAUUACUAUAUUGAAAUAUUAUGUCAGAUAAGAGAAAAUAAAUAAUUUAAUUUUAUAAUAAUUAUAAUAUUAUAAUAUAAAUAUUAUAAAAGACGAAAAAAUCUAAACUAAAAAAAUCUAAAUAUUUUAUGAAAGUUAUGAAUUUAAAGAAAAGGCAGGUAAAUACUUUUUAUGUUUUUGUUUUAAUGUAAAUGUACUUUUUAAAAAUAUUGAAACUGUUAGUGGAGUUGAUUUGAUUUUCUGUAUUGCUGAGUCACUUUGUUAACCUGCUAUUAACUUUUAUUUCUGCUAUUUUCAACAGCAGUAAUGUUCCCAGGUCAAAUUGACCCUGUGUUUAAGCAUGUUUUGGGUACCAAUGUAAAGGUUGAUACUAAACUUUUUUGUCCAUAAACAUUGUUUUUUUGCUUAGUUAUAAAAAUAUAAUUAGUACUUUACAUAAUCCCCUUACAGAUUAUAUUUCUAAAUGAAUAAACAAAUAUUUACUCUUUAAAGCUUUCAUUACUACUUCUUAAAUUGACUAGAACAGUCAGUUCAUAAUACAUAAUAAAUAAAUAUAAAAUAGGUUUCAUAUUAAACAUAUGAAAUAAUAAAUAUAAUAAAUAAAUUACAAUAAAUAAAAAUAUGUUUGACAUUAAUAUUACUUUUAUAAAAACAUAAGGUUUAGAUUAGAUUACAGUAGAAAUGUUUAAUUUACAUAAGUUUAUUAUACCAGUUAAGCCUGGCUAUAAGUGAAAGGUUUCAUGCUCCAAAAAUGUUUGAAGAGUUUGAAAAUAUUGAUGGCCUGCUCUUUUUUUUAUUAUCAGCAGCCAAAAUAAUGUUAUUUAUAUGCUUUGUUUUUUUUUGUUCAAAGUGAGAAAAUGCCAUCUUAAGAGUUCCUUCUUGUAUUUCAUGGUGCUGGUCUUGGUUUUCCUUAAUUAAUAUUUGUGUUGUUACGAUAUUCAAGACAGUAAGUCACUUUUUGUUUAUUAUUUUAUUAUUUGUAUUAUUGUAGUACAUGUGGUUUACAGAUAUACUUUAAUCUGUAUGUUACCUGAAUGCUGUAACAAUGGAUAAACUGUAUUUUGAGUGAAAAAGUCCAGGGGGGGUGAACUGUGAUAUCUGGGGGACUGGUGUCCAACACAGUUUGGUGAUGGCCUCCUGUCCACACCUUCUAAACACUUUCUAAUGACCCCAGGUUUACCCUAUUCAUUUGAUUAGUGCCACCACAUGGAGUAAUGAAGCAGUAACUGGGGUGCUAGUCUUAGUAGGGCUGCAACGAUUAGUCGAUAUAAUCGAAAAUGUUUAAAAUUCUUGACUAAUCAUUCAUUUGUAACAGUACCACAUUACACAAGCUCCUGGGGACAGAAGCACGAUGGGAGAUGGGUAAAUGGCUUACUCACACAGGUUACACUCAACUUAGUCUUCAAAAGUGACGAAACACAACAGAAUUACAUAUUUAAUCACUAAAUAUUAGUACUUUCCAUGUUUAAACAACAUAUAGACAUUUAAAUGGCUUUUAAAUCUCAUGUUCAGCUGUUUCUAUCAUUUUUAGAGAUGGAGGAGAUGGCAGAAAUAAUCGUUGACUCAUCAAAAAAAUAAUCAAUAGAUUAGUUGACUAAUUAGUUGAUUAGUUGCAGCCCUAAGUCUUAGGGAGUUUAGAGUGCCUAUGUUUCAAUAAUGAUAUUAAUAGUUGACUCCACACAUUGAUACCAUACAGUAUUAUUAUAUAUGAUAUAUGAUCAUAUCAAUAUUUUAUCCCACCCCUACUGGUGAGGCAACCAGUUUUUAAACCAGCCCCCCCAGGACUGGAGUUUACAAUUCCUGAUAUAGUUAGUUGUUCUAGAUGAGCAGUAUUUAUCCUAAAUAGUAUUCGACAAGUGUUCAGGACACCAGUAAAAUACUGUGCUGUCACAACUGUGAACUUGUAAUUUCAUGACACCUAUAAUUUAAUGUUUAUUGUUUUAUUGAAACUGUUGUAUUACUUAUGCUAGGACCUGACUGAUACAUUGGUUGGCUGAUAAUAUGAGCCCAUGUUGAGGUCCUGUAGAUUUUUUGAUGUUUUUUGAUGUCAAAUUUGCCAGUAGCCAGAUGCACCAGCUGAAUUUAGGUUUCAGUUAGGAUGUAAAUUGUUUCAGUUGAAAGUAGUGUUUAGCAUUAGCGCAAAUGUACAGAAUUCUGGUUGCACCAAUAAUUAUUAUUUUUUUGCGUCAUUGUUACUUUUAGACAGUAGAUUUAUUAUUAGUAUUUAGGGUGAUGCUUUUCACAGACUGAAGCCAAGAGGGCGUAGAUUGGAAACACGUAUGAUCUUGAUACCCAGUAAAGUUGCUCAUGUUUCUCUUUCUCUGCUGUAUAAAUACAUCACUUACAUACAUGUCACUGUCUGUUUUAGUCUCUUAUCAAAGAAAUUAACUUACUCAAAGUUGUGCUUUACAGUAAGGGGAUGUUCCCAUAGUACCCAUCUACUCUUUGUUCUGUUCUGCUGCUGGGAACUGUGAUUCAGGAAGUGUUUAUAUGCAAAUCAUUCAACAGUAAUCAGCUGUCACAGUACAUAACGUCAGAUUCUACAUGCCGUGAUCCGCACAUACCAAUUUUCUGCUGCAGUGCACUUUUGUUGUGAUGAGCAGUGAAAAUAAACUUGGCUUUAACUGGGA